AUGGAGGAAAUCGAUCCGAAUAUUGAUCUGGUUACCGGUGAGGAAUGCAUCGAGGGAUUGGACGAGCCAGACGUUCGAGCGCGUUGUGGUCACUUCGUCUACCCCGUCCAUACGGCCGUACUUCGACCUGGUAGUCGAUUCUUACAGCUUGCUCUACGCGAUGAUAAUGGCGUUUAUCAUUUGAACCUCGACAACGAGGACUCCGACUUGGUACGUUGGUUGUUCAUCUACCUCUACCAGGACGCUACCACGCGAGGCCUGCAGCAGCGCCUGGAUGACCCCGAGUCCUUCUUCGACACAUGCCACGAGAUUCUUCACAUCGCGGCAGCCUACAGUCUCUGGAGAGUCCAGCAUCUUCUCCUGGUGCCGCUUCGAGAUCUGUUUACAGAGCAGUCUUCAAUCCUUCUGAAUUACGCCAAUGCUGUCAACGGACAAUUACCAGCUGACGAAAAUGAGAUCCUCGAGGACAACUUCGGAGUAGAAUUCGUGCAGCUCGCAAGCCGCAUUUACUCGCACACCAGAUUCAGACCGCUGCGACCCGCCAUCGUCUCUUUCAUAGUCGCGUCUAACUGCGUUGCCCUGGAAUUCAACGUGUUCCUUAACGUAGUGAGAGAGAGACCCGUUCUCUUCAGAGACAUUCUCGUCGCGAUCGUCGAGCGCUUGAACAGUAUUAUCAACCCAUGA